CUUUUAUUUAGUGGCGUUGCCAUAUCGCAGCCAUGCGCUUGCCCAUUCGAAUUAAACAAUCAACUUGUGGACAAUCUUAGCAUUUUACCUCCUAAAUGGAAGAUGCAUCCACCACGCUCUUGCCCGGAGAAUCGGAAGAUCUGCGGGAGGCGCGCGACACGGAGCUGAAGAAGGUGCUCAAACUGAAAUUGGUUUUAGACGAGCUGCGUCGCCUGGAUUUGGGGCCAAAUCCGAGUGCGGAAAUUAAGAGAGCCCUCAAAUUGGUUUCCAUCGGCAGUCAUGCGCGACUGGGCGAGAUCGAGGUCGGUGGUCACGAGCAAGUGCUGGGCUUGCAGAAUGGCAGCAGUUAUCCGCCCUUGAGUUACACGGAUCGCAAGACGGUGCGCACCAAACUAUCCGCUCAGCUGCGUUCCACUUUGAAACCCAUUGCCGAACUGGGCGACAAGAUGCGCGAGGAGUUUCCGGACGCCUUCGGUGGUCAGGAGACAGACUUAACUCGCGACCAAAAGGAGAUCCUGCGGCUGGAGGAGGAGCAACGCAGCGGACUGCAGCAACUGGUGACGCUUCUAGGUCGCAAAUGCUCCCUGCUGAAGGACUCUGCCGAACUGAAACUGGGACCGCAAAUGGCAAACGAACUGAAAUUACAACAGGCGCAGGCGCAACUUGUUCAACUAAAAGCGGAGGUACUGCGCGAUUACUUGGUCCACGAAUCCGCCUCACGCACCGAUAACAGCGUCAAGGCGCACAAGGAGGUGGAGGCGCACCUGGACGAGCUGCUCGCCGCCCAGAAAUAAAUUAGGAAAACUAUAACUAUGUAAAUUAGGUUUAAAUAUAUUACAAUUGUUAGUCAAA